AUGGCCGAGGAGGGGAACGGGAAGAGAAGCAACUGGCUCACCAACUACUGUCUAGAGCAAGACGGUGAUGCACUCGCUAGAAGAAACCCCGCCUAUCACUGCAGGAGAGAUAUAGUGGUUGCGUUCGGGGGUAAGAAUGACACGUCCAUCCUCCGCAUCCGGCAUGGAUUUCUCUUCACGCCGAAUUGGUGUGCGAAAUCAGAGGUUGCGAAGGGACAGCAACUACUAGUAGAUACUAAGAGCGCGGGGUCGCAAGCGCUAAUGCUGCUGAUGGAGCUACCCAUGCAGGCGCUAUCACCGUCUGAAGCUACUACCCUUGGUUGGCCAGCUGAAAAUACGGGCGUGUGGCAUGAGUCUUGUUCCCAGCAAGUUAUCUCGCUUCUGACAGGUCUGCGUAUCAGACAAAUCCGAGCUGCUAAAGCUGGAAAGAUGCUUGACUGCUGUUUGGGGAUAUAG